AUGAAUCACAAACCACUACAGUAUGAAAGUUCGAAAGCCGUCCUUCUAUAUAUGGAUGCAAACGUUAGAUUCCGAAUCUCUCAUCGACUACCAUCAAUCCGAUCCGUCGAAAAAAUCGUGCCUCUCAAAAUUAGGUAUCUAAAUCUCGAUGAGUUUCGGACCAUUGUCAACGAUCACAUCCAUCGAUUUGGAAUUUAUCGAGAAUACAAUUCAGGAGAAGAAGUUCCCAAACUGAUUCAGGAUGAUAACGACAAGGGCGGAGUUCAGCAUGAUUUAGAUCGAUAUGGAUUCCAAAUUUCUCCAGGUCAUUCAGUUUUGGAUCCGGGAGACGUUCUGCUGGGAGACUUGAGAGAUAAAGUUCAGUACGACACACCCGGACGAGAACGCGCUUUAGAAGCUGAAAUCAACCGUUAUGAGAAAGCAAUAUUUCUUCUGAACAACCCAGAAGAAAUCGAAGACCCGCCUGAAGAGUAUGAAAACGAUGAUGCAGCGAUUGAGGCCUUGAUGUUAGAAGAAGCCAUGAAGCGUCCAGUAGAAAGUUUAAAAACACAUUUGGAUUAUUCACGGAUUGAUUUCUUGCCUUUCGAAUGCCGUCGUUACAAUCGCGAACCACCGUAUACAUGCUACAUUCAGCUGACUGUUCACGCUCCGAGUGGCAAGCAAAUUCAUCGUCUUCCAUAUAGAAUGAAAUUUUCUGAGGCUGGUUUCAAGGUCGAGAUGAAGUACCUCUCCAGUAUUUUUGGUUUGACAGGACCUUACGAUGGUGUUAUUUCGAUGAUUGAUCCAGAAUGCGUAUCACUGGCUGAAAUUCAAAUACAUGUUUAUCGAGAAAGUGAUCUCGAAUAUCCUUUUAUUCGAAGUGCGAAAAAGUUAAUCAUUCAAAAUACGAGCCGUCGACGAGAAAUGAUUCCAGCUCUCAUCAAUCUUCCUAAUCAUUUGAUUUCUCUGAUUAUUUCUGAUCCAGAGUUUACUGCGGAGAAUUACUUUGAACUUGUGCAGAACUGGCGGAACAAUGACCGACCAGUUGGAAGUUGUUUUUCAAUUGGAAUCCAACAAGAAGAGCCAGUGAAUUCACUGUUUCAAAUGAUGACAGAACACUGGGAGGAAACAAAAAGGAACGAUCAAUAUGCUUCAAUUCCAACAAGAAAUGGUAACAUACUGGAAGUACUUUACGAGCCAAAAGAAGAGCCUCGCUCAAGAGACCAAUGGGAGUUCGCAUACCACGAUGAGUGGAUCUUCAGGGCUCGAAUCAUUGAAAUGGAAUGA